AUGUGCUGUCAUGCUCAGAGCUUUCCAGAGGAGGGUGAACUCCAACAACCUGUGAAGUCAGCUGAAGUCUUUCAACAUUUGGGAUGUAAUGAAGCUGUUGAAUUCAGAGAGGAAAACACACCUAAUGAAAGCAUGAUGGAUGUGGAAUAUUUGCAAAAAGACAACUCUGCCAGUAAGCCUAAACACACAGAAAAUAAAUUGGAAACUGACAGAAGAAAAUUAGAUGUAGGCAGAUAUGAUAAAAUCAAAACUGAUAGAACACUAAAGCAAUUUUUAAAUUUCAGUGGUCAAGAAAGUAAUAUUAGUGGCAACACAAAACACAAGCUACAUACAGAGCAAGAUAAUUUAAUGGGUUUUGGUAAUCAAAGUAAAGAAGAAGCAAACGGUAGAAAAGAUUGUUUUAUUUCAGCUGAGAUCUGUGUGAGUGUGAAUAAUGAUCCUGGUGAAAUGUUAAAUGAGCAAAUUGUUAAUGGAGAGAGACAGAAAACAGAGGGAGUAUCAAAGAAGUUGCCUGAAGUGGAAAUGAUACACAAAAUCUCAGGAAAAAACUGUUCAAGAAAGGCAGAGAGUGAUGUUCCAACAGAGGAAGAAUGUAAGAUGCAAUCGGGAAUUAAUUCUGAGCUAACAACGAAGAAAGAUGAAGUUACACCAAAAACUGGAAAGCAUGCCUUGGAUAUCAGCCCUUACAAGCAGCAACAUUUUUCACCAAGGACUCAUUUUGAACGCCAGCAUAAAGAACAUUGGCUUACAGAAAGUAAUAGCCAUAAUACUUUAAACUCUGAAGACAGAGAGUUUCAAGUGUGUGGUAAAAAAAGUGACUCACUCUCAGGUGUAAGGGAUGCCAUAUCUUUAGAGAAAGUUGCGUCCUCUUUCAGAGAGCUGACAGGAGACAAUGGAAGUGAAAAAAAAAAGUUAAAUUUGCAAUUUGUGAGCGAUCCAGGCAUUUCUGGUAGUGUUGAAAGGGAUACAAACAAACUGCACAGGGCAUCUCUGGAUAAAAGUUACUUCAUAGCAGAAAAUGAAAUCCUAGAAAAAUCAGAUUUAAAUCUAAAGGAAGCUAAGAGUACAAUGCAAGAAAUUUUGUCUGUUUCUUCAGGAAAUAUUUCAGAGAAUCAGUAUGCAACAAAAGUCUCUGAAUCUUACCCGUUAGAUUUGGAACUGUCACCAGUGCAGAGGGAUCCAAGUUUAGGUACAGAAUUGCUAGAAAAUGCUGGUGAUUUAAAUGCAAAUAUAGUCCUCUGUGAGAAGCAGAGUGGAGAAGACAAGUUAGAACAAGGUCAGAAAUGUAAAGAUUUAUUGCUAGUUGCAGAAAUGGACAGUAGAGAUAUAGGUCAUAGCACAAAGGGGAAACACGGAGAGGAACUGAAGAAGCUGCCUUUGCAUUAG